AAAAAUUGAGCUAUAUCUAUAUAAAAAGAAGAUUUAAAGAGGUUAACGAAAUGUCAAAAUAUUUUCAAAAUUCAAAAAAAUGUUUUUUUCAAAUACUUUUAAACACAUAACUAAACAAACCAAAAAUUUAACAAGAUACAAGCAUGCCGAUACCCAUUGGUCUGUAGUACGAAAAAAAGUUCAUGCAGUUGAUAAAGCUCUAAAUCAUUUCGACGAUUUUUACGAGCAAGUUUAUAGCAAAAAUUGGUUGUUAAUUCGUAAAGCUUUAUUAAAAAAAGCUCAUAAAUACGUUGCUGUACUUAAUUAUUAUGGUGAUAUCGAAGAAACUAAAAGAGAUUUAGAACUAAGAGGUGCUUUAAAUAUGCGUACUUUAUUUAAUUUAGAGAAAGGCUAUAUUCAGGAACAGUUGAAUCAAAAUAAACGGGAUAAAGCUUUAGAGGAAAUAUUUAAAAUUGACGCGGAAUUAGAAAACGAACUGAAAGAUAGUAAAGAAUCUGAAAAUAGUUCUAAAACAUUUGAUGCUAAAGAUUUUUCCUUAAAAACCAGUCUUGAAAAAGCAGAAUUCGAUACACGGCGGUUAAUAAAUACUCAAGAUGCUCUAUCGACUGAACUUUUACAUGAAUUCAUACCUGCGACAAAGAUUAAAGGAAAAGAGGAUUUUUUUCUAGAAUCUAGUCACUAUAAAAUGUAUGAUCAGAAUACAAAAUUCAAUGUUAAAGUAGAAAGAGAGUUCGACUUUCAUUUCCCAGAACAUUUGAAUAUUUACUGCUUUGAAGAGGGCAACAAGAGUGAUUUCGAUUCACCAAAAAAAUCAACAACAGGCGUUUUAAACUACUAUUUAAUGGACGGAGGAUCCAUUUUACCUAUUUUGGCAUUAGAUUUAAAACCGGGACACAAAAUCUUGGAUAUGUGUGCUGCUCCUGGCGGCAAAAGUUUACUAGCUUUACAAACGUUGUAUCCCGAUAGACUGGUAUCCAACGAUGUGUCACAUUCUAGAGUAAACAGGAUAGAAAAUGUUUUCAAUGAAUUUUUGUUUGAUUUCGAUGAAAAAUGGCUUAAAAGCGGUAAAAUUAGAUUGAGCAAUGUUGAUGGGAGGGCGAUCGAAGGAGAAAACUUUGACAGAAUAUUAGUAGACGUACCAUGUACGACGGACAGACACUCGUUACAUGAAAAUGAUAACAAUAUUUUUAAACCUACUAGAAUAAAAGAAAGAUUGAAGCUACCUGAACUCCAAAGAGAACUUUUAUACCAUGCCUUACAGUUAGUAAGAAAAGGUGGGAUUGUAGUAUAUUCGACAUGUUCUUUAAGUCCUAUUCAGAACGAUGGAGUAGUCCAUAUGGCUUUGAAGCAGGCCUGGGAAGAAACUAAUAUGGAAAUAGUAGUGAAAGAUCUUUCACCAGCGUUGUUGCAAACCAAAAGUGUAUAUAAGUUUGCAGACAAAAAUAUACUGAAAUAUGGUCAUUUAGUUGUACCUCAUGUUAAUCAAAAUUAUGGACCAACUUAUUUUUGUAAAUUACAAAGAAUAAACUAA